AUGCAAACAAAUUACAAUGAAAUAAGAAAAUUAUUUAAUUAUUACAUCAGAGAAUAUUACUAUCAAAAGUCGAAAGGAAGUUAUUUUGUUCAUUUUAAAAAACCAGGUAUAUUAUUUAUGUCCUUAAAAUGUUAUAAGAGAAAAAAAAUGUACUAUCCUUGCAUAUACGAUUGGUAUUUUGAUAAUUUAAAUAAUGUCAAAAAAAAUAAAGAUAUAUUUCAAUAUAAAAACGAAUAUAAUAUAAAAAAUAUAUACUCACAUAAAAUAUGUAGAGAAAAUGAAAAUAUAGAGAAAAAUAAUUCAUAUGUAGAAACAGAUAAUAUAUAUUUGAAUAAAUCAGAAGAAGAUUUACAAAAUAUUUAUAAAAGUAGUAAUUUAUAUUAUAAUAUAAAUCCUAUUUAUUUAUCUAAAAUAUGUUUAUACAAUUUAAAUGAAUAUCAUAUUUUAUAUUCAAAUAAUUAUUAUGAUGCAUUUACUCAAUAUUAUUAUAGUCUUAUAUCUUAUAAAAUGGAUGUACAUAAUAUAAAAAUAUUUCCUAAUUUGAAAAUAUUAAUAAGUCAUAUAAAAAAUAUAAGUAAUAUUAUAAAUGAUGAAGUAAUAAAAAAUGCAUAUAUAUAUUUAAUUAAACAAAAAAAUAUUAUGAACGAAGAAUAUUUAAAAAAUGUAUUUAGUAAUAUUUAUGCAACCAUGUUACACAACUCCCCCAUGUAUUUAUUUGUUGAUAAUCUUGAUCAAUUUAUUAUGAUACUGAAAAUUAUAAAAACGGAUGAUAUAAAAUGCAUGUUUGAGAGUGUUAUUCCUUAUCCAUACUACUUAAUAGUUGAUGAGAAUAUUAAUAUUUACAAUUUGCAAAGUUUUAACAUCUACAUAAACAGUAUAUUAAACCAAAGGAUGCAAAAUAAUUAUUCUUUUAAUGAAAAAGAAAAGGAGUCUAUACUUAAUCGUUAUAAUGAUGAUAAAAUGUAUAUGAUAUAUAAUAACAAUAUAAAUCAAUCUAACGAUAUAAAAAUAGAAAAACAAACACAACAAAAUGAAAAAGUUUUUAAUUCAAUAUUGGAUACGGAUAAAGAAAUGUAUGAAAAAAACAAUAUAAAAAAUAAAAAUGAUAAAAUUUACUUUUUUAAAUUCAUAAAAAUUUUUGACAUGAAACCAAAUUAUCGUUUCAAGCAAAAAAAUUAA